AAAAGAAAAAUUUGAACAGAAGUGACUUUGAUUCACGGUAAGAGAGAGAUGGCAGCUGAGUACGGGUUCGAAUUGGCGAGAGUGGGAGGAGAAGGAGAAGAACAAGAAGAAGUGAAAGGGUGUUUGAGCAAGUUCAUCGAUGAUGUCAGCGUUGAAAGUCACAGAUACUACUUGUCUCGCAGAACCACUUUGGAAAUGCUCAGAGACAGAGGCUACUCCAUUCCCUCCAGCGAAAUCGACCUUUCUCUCUCUCAAUUCGGCCACAUGCAUGGUCAUUCCCCUGACCCUGACCGUCUCCGCCUCUCCCUCACUCACGCCACCAACCCUUCCAAAAGGAUUUUAGUCAUUUUCUGCGGGCCAGGUUCUGUGAAAGUUACUGCCAUUCGGAACAUUGCGGGGCAGAUUGUUAAUAGAGACACUUUGGGUGGUCUUAUAUUGAUAGUGGAGAAUCAUGUUACUAGCCAGGCCUUGAAAGCCGUUGAUCUUUUUCCCUUCAAGGUUGAAAUUUUCCAGAUCACAGAUUUGCUUGUUAAUAUUACAAAGCAUGUGUUGAAGCCAAAGCAUCAGGUGCUGACUGAUAGGCAGAAGAAAAAUCUCCUGAAGAAGUUCAAUAUAGAAGAAAAGCAGCUUCCCCGCAUGCUAAAGAGUGAUGCAAUUGCACGAUAUUAUGGACUUGAGAGGGGCCAAGUAGUUAAAGUUACCUAUAGUGGUGAAAUCACCCAGAUGCAUGUCACAUAUCGAUGUGUGUGGUGAUAGUUUCUUGUGCUCUUUUGUAUUUUUUCAGGUUGAAUUCGUAGUAUUUAACUGUUGUAUCAUGCUUAAGGUUAUGAUUGCAUAAGUUGAUCAAUCCUAACGCUCUGAAUCUGUACUCUGUAAAUUUGGUGAUGACAUUUCUCUCUCUUAACUUCUUGAAGAACAACCUGCAUUGAGCAA